UUAGGCAUUAAGUAGGGUUUGCAAAUACCAACGGCCAUUGAGCCCCCAAGGCGCGAUUCCUUAUUAUCCCAUCUUUGCCCUCCCAUUUUCCUCUCCCCCCAACUCUUCAUUUUCCUUUUUAAUUCCCUCUUCAAACUGCAAACAACAAAACCACAGAAAAAAACAAAAACAAAAUGUCAAACAGAUCCCCCAUUUUCCCCUUUGUUGAACCUCAACACUUCAGUGACUAUGGCUUCGACCCUCAAAUCGAUUAUUUUCAGAUUUUAGAAGAAGCAAGAAAGCACAAGAUUAGAGAAACGGCAAGAUCUUCUAUAGAUACAGUUCAUUUCAAGCUACAAAAACCAAUAUCAAAAGACGAAUAUUCAAAAAAGAUCAGGAAGAACAGUAGCCGUAAAAAAUGGUGGAAAAAUGCUCUGCUCUUUUUCAAGAGGAGCACUAGUUCCAAAAAUGAAAAUAUCUCCGGCGACGGUGAUCUUGACGUCGACGGCGAAGUUCACCGCCGGUGUGCUACUUUCCGAGGAUCAGUAUCUGGGCCGGUUUAUAUUACUGAGAGUAGAAGUGGGUCGAAUACGCCUUGUCGUACAACCAGCCGGCCGUCGUCCGGUCCACUCACCGGAACUUUGACUCCUAGCCGGAAAGGUGAUUUGGAGAUCCCCUACAUUAACCUCAGGGAAUUUAACAUGGACCCGCAGCAGCAUAGGAUCUCGACAACUUCAGCUAUGCCCAUAUAUUUGGUCACGUGAACAGAGCAGUAUUUAAUUAAUUUUUAAUUUUAAGUACUACUGCUAAUUAGAAAGUUGAACCCUUUAGUCUUUAAUCAAAAGGGUACUCUUAUUAUUAUUUUGUUUUGUUUUUUAUGGUUAGAAGUUCACUUUUCCAGUCAUUUUAUGCAAAAGUGCUUUAUUGAUGGCAUGAAGCAACUUUUGUCUUGUGAAUUGUCAACAGACGGUCUUUAUCUUUGAUUCUGCGGCCUAUUGUAAUGAGCUGAUUAAUCUACUAAUGGCGUGCUUUUGCUUCGACCA